CUCUCCUGCUGCUGCUACGUAUUUCUCCCUGGUCCCAAUCUCCCCAAGGCUGGUCUCGCUUCAGCUCUAGGAUACCAGCUAUCCGACCCUCAUUGCUAUGCGAGCUUGAAACUGCCAGUGUUUUGUCCGAGGCAUGGCAACCUGCCUCUUCCCGUGACAUAAUUCGGAAAGCGAAAUGCGCGGAGCCAGGACGCUCGUCUCCUGGGCUUCAGGUGCUAUCCCAAGGCAGAUUACUUGUACUCAGUCAAGCGGAGAUAUUCUGGUCCAUCUUUGUCGCCAGCCAUAUGCACCUGCAUUGAGAUCAGGUAGUAAUGGCUCUGUUCGGACAUUUUCGGUGGUUUCCGGCUUGAAUCGCAACAGCAAUUGUCUCCGUCCCCACGCCGGGUUAUUGUGCUCGCCUUCGUUGUGCAUCAAUGACUUGGGAGCUACCUUGAACCAACCUAGAAUAAUCGAUCAUGUACGAUUCCUAUCCUCUACGCGAUGUCUGUUAGAAGCGAAACCGCCAGCCACACGUCCGAAACAAGUUGCGGAAUCCGGCAGCAACGGUCGGGCUGAAGAAGAGGAGCCAGAGAAGGGAUUUGAACUGUCGGAGAAGGGGGUUCAGGCAGCACAGAUUAAUCUGAGUGCAAAAUUGUCCAAGGACAGCACCGGGGGAAAGAAGGCCAACUUCAAGGAAAUUACAAGACUGUUGAAGAUUGCACGUCCAGAGGCGAAAUCACUCACGUUUGCUAUCAUCUGUCUGUUUAUAUCAUCGUCCAUCAGUAUGUCACUUCCCUUCGCGAUUGGAAAAGUCAUCGAUACCGCAACCCAGAGCACAGGCGAGCUCGGGGGCGAGCUGUUUGGCCUGAGCCUCCCUGUGUUCUAUAGUGCGUUGGCUGGAAUCCUUGUCGUGGGAUCUGCGGCCAAUUUUGGUCGUGUUAUCACACUUCGGAUUGUCGGGGAACGGAUUAUCUCGAGGCUACGUUCAAAGCUUUACCGACAGACUUUUCUCCAAGACGCGGAGUUCUUCGACGCGAACCGUGUAGGCGAUCUGAUCUCCAGGCUUAGCACGGAUACUCUGAUCGUUGUCAAAAGUGUCACGCAAAACCUCUCAGACGGUCUGCGCGCCCUUGUCAGUGGUAUAGCUGGAUUUAGCUUGAUGGCCUAUGUCAGCAUUAAACUGUCUAGUAUUCUCGCCCUGCUCCUGCCCCCUAUUGGACUCGCAGCUUUCUUCUAUGGACGGGCCAUGCGACAUUUGAGCCGCAAGAUCCAGAAGAACUUGGGGACCUUGACGAAGAUUUCAGAAGAACGACUUGGAAACGUGAAGACUAGCCAGUCCUUUGCUGGAGAGAUCAUCGAGGUUCACCGCUACAACACUCAAAUUCGGAAUAUCUUUCAACUCGGGAAAAAGGAGGCUCUUAUUAGCGCCAGUUUCUUCAGCUCCACUUCCCUUAUGGGGAAUCUGACAAUACUUGCCCUCCUUUAUUUUGGAGGAGGGAUGGUCCAGUCAGGUGGCAUUAGUAUUGGAGAACUGUCCUCGUUCUUGAUGUAUACAGCCUAUGCAGGCUCCAGCAUGUUUGGACUGUCCAGCUUCUACUCCGAGCUGAUGAAAGGUGCUGGCGCUUCCAGUCGACUUUUUGAAUUGCAGGACCGUCAACCAACGAUUCAUCCGACCAAGGGGACAAAAGUAGUUUCUGCGCGUGGUCCAAUUCGCUUCGAGAACGUCUCCUUCAGCUAUCCAACCCGGCCCGCCGUUACUAUAUUCAGAGACUUGGACUUUGAAAUUCCCCAGGGACGUAAUGUUGCCAUUGUCGGGCCUUCAGGAGGAGGCAAAUCGACCAUCGCAUCGCUGUUGCUUCGAUUUUACAAUCCUACCCAUGGCAGAGUUCUGAUUGGCGGGAAGGACAUCAGCGAAAUGAAUGCUAAGUCCCUGAGGAGAAAGAUAGGCGUUGUCGCACAAGAGCCGGUUCUAUUCUCAGGAACCAUUGCCGAGAAUAUAUCCUACGGCAGACCUGAUGCAACAAGGGCAGAUAUUAUUGCGGCAGCCCGAAAGGCAAACUGCCAAUUUAUUAGUGACUUCGUAAGUGGAUGAUAGACACUCUAUCCGGAGAACCAUUUCCCUCUCUAACAGAGUCUGUAGCCGGAUGGCCUUGAUACACAAGUGGGACCGCGCGGAACGCAACUCUCCGGUGGCCAAAAGCAGCGCAUUGCCAUUGCCCGUGCCCUUGUUAAGGACCCGGAUAUCCUGAUUCUGGAUGAGGCAACGUCUGCUCUCGAUGCUGAAUCUGAGACGCUGGUGAACAGUGCACUGGCAGCUCUGCUUCACAGCAAAAACACAACGAUCAGCAUUGCCCAUCGUCUUUCAACGAUUAAGCGAUCUGACACGAUCAUCGUUCUCGGUCCGGAUGGCAAGGUAGCCGAACAAGGCUCAUACGAGGAACUCAGCUCGCGACCGGACGGAGCCUUCACGAAAUUGAUGGAAUGGCAGAUGAACGGUAGCGAUGCUACGCUGUCGCCUACGAGUGCCUAUGCGCCUUCAGUGCCAGAGGAAGAAAUGUGGGAGCUGCAAAAGGAACAGGAAGAGCAAGAGAAGGCAGCAGAAGAGGGAUACGAAGACGAAGACGGGAAAGACAACGGAACAGCAAAAAAAAGAAGCACAAGCGAGCAAAAAGCAAGCUAGCAGUUAGAUAGAGGAUAUAUCUUUGGGGAGUUUCUUUUUUCUUGUGAUUUACGUGGGUACAUUUGCAAUUGAUGGUUCAUAUAGAAGUCCGGACAUGCGGAUAAACCGGUGGGAUUGGUUUGAGUUGCAGCAUAUAUGUGAUUUGAUUCUACUGUAUUUAUUUACUUCUUGAAUAAUUAUAUCUGAAGUCCAUGAAGCAUAUGAAAGCGCAUGCCGAGGCAGGCAUAAAAUCAC